AUGGCGGCAUUGGACCGGGCUUCCCAGCAAAGCUGCCGAACCAUGCAGAAUCUAUUCCAAGUUCGGAAGCCCUGCCCGGAGUCACUCUUGGUUCACAGCAGCCGCCCGCAUGCGACGAUCUUGCCGUCCCGAUUCGGGCGACGCCGCGUGCUCGUUGUCACGGAUGCUCUGGUCGGACAGCUCCCUGACGCAGGGCUGCGCUUCGUGGUUGGCCGUGAGAUAGGCCGCUCUUGGCUCCACCAUGGAGAUGUGGUGGCUGCAUGGACACUCAAGCACUUCAUUCGCAAAAUGUUUCUGCUUCCACUGCAUGUCCUCGGGCUGCGCCCGCUGGAGCGUCCUCAGCCCAAAAAGAGCCCUGAUGAGAUCCAACGACAUGUGCAGUUCCGUCGAGCCAUAGAUGCGAUGGCUGACAUGUGCGAUGUCUACAGGGGUCUGCGGUCGGGCCGUUGGCCUGGGCUUGCUGACCUGGAUGUGGAUAACAUGUGGGGCCCUGGACGUCGUGUGCUGCCACAGCAUGGAGAGGACGGUCUGUUCGCUGUUGCUGCAGUUUGCUCAAGGCUAAAGGCGCCAGGAGGUGCCUGGGCCUUGGGAGCCGCGGUGGCUGGGUCCGUGACACCACGGCUGUUAGCUGAGAUUUUCUCCUUGCCUCCCCAGGAGGAGCGCCACAUCCGACGGUGUUUGCGACUGAGCAGUUGGGGCUUGGGUUUAUGGGCAGCCAAAGCUAGGGCCGAAGUCUUUUCUGCAGACCGAUUGGGUCUUAUUGCAGCAGGUGGUGAUUUGGAUGCGGCUCUAAGAGCCAUGGUGGCGGCUGCUAGUUCCUUUGCAGACAUGGCUACAGCCGCUCUUCUUGGCACGGAUGAGCUGGUCCGGCAAGCACAGUACUUGAGCUCUGUGAUCCCUCCAUCCUACUUAUCCAGGCAGCCGUCACUUCCUGCCCGUGUGGCUGACCUUUCCUCAUGGGCCUACUCUCCAGUGGCACGCAGCGCAUUCCGAUGGUUUUUGCUCAUGCUUGCGGUGUGCUUUUUCGUGGUCUACGCACUACGGCACUUGCUGCUUGGACUUGCGCAGCGCCUACAGGGAGAAGCUGUCGCACCAGCGGUCUUAACAGCUGUGGUGACUGGGACGUCACUGCAUCUUUGGCGGCAUGCGGAAGACAUGGUUCAGACGCAGAGCAUGUUGGAGACCUCUCGCGGGGACUGGAAGCAUGGCAUUGUGUGCAUGGAGAGGAGUAUUUUAGGCAGCACGCUUCAACUGAGCUUAGAGGAGGCUUUGGGCCUUUCAGCUGCCCUCGCUCAGCUAGCUCCGGUCUUUCUCUUUGAGAACUGGGGCACGUAUGGACCGCUCUCAUACAGAUGGGCUGCUGUCUUGGCUCAUGUGGUGACUGCGGCCGUCGUCAUGGCAUGUGUUCGCCACAAGCUGCUGACGAGCUUCUUUGGUGCUCAACCAGCUUCAAAGAGUUCUGGGCCUGAGGUGCUCGAAGUUUGGAUCGGCUUGGCUUUGGGCAAUUGGGCCGCCUCCUCCUGGGCAGCAGCAACCUGGUGGCGCGUGGCCUCCAUCGGCUUGCAGGUGGGGCUGCCGAUCUUGGCUCUUGCCUGUGCCCAGCUUGUCAACUUCUGGUUGGCGCACCGCUCACGGCAACCUCACUUGCUUGCUUUCUGUGUUGCACUCGGAGGACUUUCGAUGGCAAAAUGCUGCUGCAGUCCGCAUGGCAUGGUGCAAGACGCAAUGAACUUGUCAUCAUCUCUGUUUAUGACUCCUGGGAUCUAUGUCAUCUUCUGUGCUGGCAGUGCCUGGCUUCUUUUUCAGGAGUUAUUCAACUCUUUGUGA